AUUGUUAACAGUUUUUAUUCUUGUUCGGUCAGUUUAACAACAAUGUGUGUCAAAGGUGGUGGGAUAGGCGCCUACUACGUUGGUGUUUAAUUUGGUACUACACUCAAUAAGAUCACCAAUAAUUCACGAAUGAAAGUAAAUAAACCUGUUUUCACAGCGAAAAUAUUUAUUGUAUGCCGCAAUAUCCACAAUAAAUUCCAAGCAUGUUCUAUAGAAACGUAGUCUGCUUGCUGAUUGGCUUAAUUGUGGGAGUGCGGCUCACCGACUUCUGGGAUUAUGUCAAGUUGCAGCAGCCGCAACGCAGUGUGCGACAGAAUUACACAAAUUUUACACACACCAAUACACUUGCAGCGGUGCAGGAUGCCGAUACACUUCCGGAAUAUUUGUUUAACACCACUCGUGUUUUGUGUUGGAUCAUGACUAUGCCAGAGAAUCAUUUGCGACGUGCGGUGCAUAUACGCAACACUUGGGGCAGACGGUGCAAUAAGUUGCUCUUCAUGAGCACCAAAGAGGAUAGCUUUUUGGAGACGGUGCGUUUGGAUGUGCCUGAAGGUCGAGAUUAUUUGUGGCACAAGACGCGCGCUGCCUUCAAUUAUAUCAGCGACCAUCACUUAGACGACGCAGAUUGGUUUCUCAAGGCCGACGAUGAUAGUUACUUCAUUAUGGAAAAUUUGCGUGCAUUUCUCUAUCAAUUCUCUCCAGAUGCGCCGGUAUACUUUGGCUGCAAAUUUCAUCCGUUCGUCAAACAG